AUGGAGACAGCCUCAAGCAUGGCUCCCACCACCAACCACCGAGAGUCAUGGGAUUCUCUUUCCUCCACCUUUGCCCAUCUCGAGGUUUCAUUCUCGCACGACAGCUGCUACGGCUCGGAUGAGGUGUCGGUCUCGUCGAAAACCACUGCCCCGCUCCAAUCUAGCGCUUCUACUUUCACGGCUAAACGCGACGAACCAUCUCUACAUCCGUUCCUGAAAUCCAUCCUCAAGAACUCUACCACCAAUGUACAGGAUGAGGAAUCCGAUACCGAUUCCGAGUCCGGUUAUGAGUCGGAUGAUAUUGAACUUGAUGACUACGACGCUCUAUCCGAAGACGAGGAUGAUGACGAUGACAUGUCUGACUUCUCCGUCUGGGAUGAUGAAACUGAGCAUAACGUUCCCGAAACUCAUCGAGACCACACUGAUUCAUUCGACGACUCUUUCAUCGGAUUUGAGAGUCUCUCCGUCCGGUUCGAUCCCCAGGUUCAAUACAUUGACACUCCCACCACCGAGCUGUCGGAGGAUGAGGGAUCCCAUUCCGAGAUGACCGUGCAUGAGAUGAUGCUUCUUGCCCAAAAGGCGGGCUGUUCUCAGGCUUCCUUGAAUCAAUCCGAUGUAGACGAUGUCCUCUAUGACGACGGUGACUGUGAUCGCAAGGAGUUCUUCCGUAUGAAGACCACCCAGCUAGAGGACUUCACACGCGAUGCGGUGGAGGUGGACCAGCGUCUCUUUAUCGCGUACAUGCACGGAAUCCAUGGCAUCGCCGACACGAACUACAAAACUUAUCUCCGCACUCAGGCGGACAAUAUCAGACAUGGUCAGGAGACCGAGUCCAUGCAUCCCGAUGAUCCCCCUUGCAUGUACCUGGACCUGAUCCUCGAUCAUGUCAUCGGAGUCUUUCGGAACCUUCUUGCUGAAGACGAGCUCAAUGGACUGAUUGAACUUCGCAAGGAGGAUUUGGCUAUUGAGCCUGCCUCGGUGGCUGCUUCAGCAGGCCCAAACCCCCACCAAGUUUUGCUAGAGAAAAUUGAGAAGUUUCUCCUAAACCGACUGACUAAUGGUCAUGUGGACGUUCUCCCCGAUGAGUUAAGUUUCUUUGCUGGCGGGAUUGCACAUGCACUCGGCACUGAGGAUUUGCCGCCAUUCGUCUGA